UGGUUCUUUCUUCAUCUCUCAGAACAAUGUUAGUGCUGUUGUGCCUUAUAGCUACUGUCCUACCUUGGACCGUUGUUGAAGGCAUGAGAAGUUGCUGGGCCGACUCAAGAGGCCCCGGGGAAGUAUGUCGAUUUGGUACUGUUGUGAAAGGAGGUGGCGAAAUGGAGAUUAGCUAUAACUUCACCUUUCCGUUUUCUCAGAUUUGUUGUCAGGCAUUGAGCUGCACGAACACUAAAUGUAGUUUUAUGCGUGUCGGGUGUCAUACGAAUGGUAACAUAGUUCCAAUCCAGACAGCACCACUGCCUUGGGAAGUUCCAAAUAUAGAGCCAAUGAUGAGAUGUUAUGAACCACCUGGUAUGGGCACUGUUUUUAGAUUUUCAGCGGCACUUGUACCAGAAUCAUAAUCUCAUUAUAAUGGUUUUGAACAUCUGAGGAAAUUUUAUUAAAAAGCUGUAGAUGUUUUAUUAUUGACUCUUUUACUAAUAAAUGUUGCUUUUUAUUAUUUAAAUUGAUGAGAAACUAUUGCAUUAAAAUAUUUAUAUUGGAUUUCUUUGCUAUGUAAACGUUGCCAAAUUUAAAUUAAGAUCUGAAUAUGUCAAUGUUGUGUUGCUAUUUGAUAUGUAACCUUCUUCCAAAUUUAUAUUGAUAUUUUAAGAAGAAAACAUUUUUGUAGUGUAAUAUUUACUAUUAAAUGCCAUAACGGUGUUUCAUUGGAAUGGAUUUAUUGUUUGCACCCUGUGGUAACUUUAAAAAUAUAAAAUAUUUUUCAUGAAACUUAGUAAUAUGAAAGUAUGUAUGUUCUUUUAUUUUGUUGCUAUAUCAAAACAACAAGUUAAGAUGUGAAAAAAAAAAUGUAAAUUUUGUGAUAACUUCAAAAGGACAUGAAACUUGGUAAAACACGAAAACAAUUAAAACAAAAACACGA